UUUGUUGUCGCUAGAUUCACGUAUCCUCGGUUGUUUGUGGUGAAGAUUUGUUUACUUCAGAGUAUAACCAUUUACGUUUUAUUUUGUUGUCUGAACAUUAAGAUGUCCCGGGUUGUUAUUUGCUCCCGGUGUAUCUACCGUCUUCAGAACAGCGGUUCUUUGUCCUGUUGGUCUGCAGCUCGGGGAAAGCUCGAGCCUCAGCUGUUCUUUGGGAGAUUGACACAGCAGAGGACCUUCACACAAACACGGAGGAUUUUUCACUCUAAUAAUGGCGGAAAACGACAUUUUUGGGCAUUAGGCAUUGGGACAGGGUUUCUGUUAGGUUUAGGGCUGAAAUAUCACUUUUAUAGUCGCGAGCGGUGUGAGUGUGAGAAAUCAGUAAAGUCUCACAGUAGCUACAAAUACAGCGCGGCCAUAGAGACCAGCCGCGACCUCCUUCAGAGGAUAAAGGUACAGGAUGAAGUUGGAGCCCCUGGCCUGGUCAUCGGAGUUUCUGUAGAUGGCACUCAAGUAUGGGGUGAUGGCAUAGGGUUUGCUGAUUUGGAGAACAGAGUGCCUUGUGAUGUUGGGACUGUGAUGAGGAUUGCUAGCAUCAGUAAAUCUCUGACUGCAACUGCUGUUGCUCGAGUGUGGGAAGAUGGAAGGCUGGAUCUGGACGCUCCUGUCCAGAAAUACGUGCCUGAAUUUCCUGAGAAACAGUUUGAGGGAAAGGAUGUGACGAUAACCCCACGACUGCUGCUGUCUCACCUGAGCGGUAUCCGGCACUAUGAAAAAGACCCCAAGAAAGUUAGAGAUGAGAAAGAAAAAGCAAAACGUCUGCUGAAGCCGCCGGAGAAAAAAGAUGAAGAAAAAAGUCCGGGUGAAUCAGAGGAAAAAUCCACACAGCAGAAUAACAAAGGAAAAAGCAAAGACGCAAAGCAUGGCAAAAAGAAGAAAGAGUUUGAACAGGAGGAGUACUACCUCAAAGACAGCUUCGACAGUGUUGUCCAGGCCUUACACCUCUUCAAGGAUGACCCGCUUAUUUUCGAGCCAGGCACGACAUUCUUAUACUCUACUCAUGCGUUCACCCUGCUGAGCGCUGUGCUGGAGAGAGCAGCAGGUCAGCGCUUCCUGGACCUCAUGAUGAACAUGUUCCGCGAAUUAGGCAUGCUUAACACUGUGCCAGACGAGAACGACCCCAUUAUCUACAACCGCUCCAGGUAUUACCAUUGGAAUAAAAAGGGGCGCGUUGUUAACUGCCCCUAUGUGGACAACUCUUAUAAAUGGGCUGGAGGAGGCUUUCUGUCCACAGUUGGCGAUCUGCUGCUUUUUGGUAAUGCCAUGCUCUACAGCUAUCAGCUAGCGGACAUGACGGACACGAGCGGCCUCCUGCCAGGCUUCCUCAAACCCCACACGGUCAAAGCUCUGUGGGCUCCCGUGGAUAAAACCGAGGCUUCAUGGGAUAAAGAUGGCCGCUACGCUCAGGGCUGGGCGGUGGUGGAGAAGCAGCAGAAAUACGGGGAGUGUCGGAUGCGCAGGCACUACAUCUCACACACGGGAGGCGCUGUAGGGGCGAGCAGCGUGUUACUGGUGUUACCCAGUGAGAGUCUGAAGGCUUCAGGACAGAGAGCGGCUCCUCCUCAGGGGGUUGUAGUGGCCAUCAUGGCAAAUAUACAGGCUGUAGGACUCAAUAAAACUGCACUGAAGAUCGCACAUGAGUUUGAGAAAGCCAGAGGCAGCUAAAGAGGGAGUAGUACAUAUCAGGGUAUGAUUAUAAAUGAUUUAUAAUGUGUCUUAAUGCUACCCUGUGUACUUUAAGUGUUGAGGUAUGAAUGUGAGCAAGUGUAAACCACACAUCUUUGUAUUGUGAGAUUUUAAACUUUUUUAUAAGAAUUAAAGUAAAUCGUGUUAAUAAAUCAA